AUGAAAUGGGUGAAGGGUGCAACAGAAGGGAUUGUCGUGGCUGGUGGUCGAGGGGAAGGAAGUGCUCUGACACAAUUGUCUAAUCCUAUAGGGGUGUUCGUCCAUCAGUUGGGCACAAUGUAUGUGGCAGAAUCGGGUAAUCAUCGAGUAAUGCGUUGUUACAACGAAAAGAAAGAUGGAAAUGUGAUUGUUGGUGGAAACGAUGAGGGAGAACACGCAAAUCAGUUAAAUUUUCCUACGGGUUUGUCAUUCGAUCAACAAGGUAAUCUGUAUGUCGCCGACUUCAAUAAUCAUCGAGUACAACGAUUUUCAAUUGAAAACUGA